CCUUAUCCAAAUUAAAUCAGCAAGCGGCUCAAUCUCAAACGGAAAGACGUUAAUUUAUAUAUUAGUGAUUAGUAAAACAAAGAGAAUGCCAGAAAUAGGGCCAAUGAUGCGGGCGCUCGAGCUGCAGCGGCUGAUCGAAGACAAAGUGACGGAGUGGCGAGAGAGGUCGGCCCGGGUCGCCGGCCGCGCCCGCCCCGACGCUUAUCAAGACCCACUCAACUUCCACAGGCGCACUAACAGGCGCAAAAACAGCGCUCAAAUAAACAGAAUUAUCGCAAAGUACUCCAAAACAAAUAGGACCGCAGCGCAAUCACACGCGACAGUAGAACAAACCCUCACGCCUCCGACGCGCCCAGCACGACAUAAGAAGAUAUUCGCCAAACUAAAACCAUCGAAAAGUGAAGAUAAUUUAGUAAGCGUCGGUACCAUGGAGGUUCACAAUGAACCUAACCCAGAUAUGAAACAACAGACUAGGUUUAAUAUCAAUAAAUACAAUGCGAAGAGUUGCGAAGAUAUCACUGCGUUCGUUGACAUCGAACACGCGAUGAAGAGUAAGAAUUUUCAAGAGAAUAGUAUAAUAAAUUCGAAGACGGUCUCCGACACGAGGCCGAAGCUGCACAGCAUAUGCGAAGACGUUUUCGAUUUGUCUGAUUUUAAAGACAGCGGUGUAGAGUUGAGACAUAAAACAAGUUUUGUCACUUCGACUCCUUUGUCUAAUAGGAGGACAUGCCCCCCCUGUGAUACAGUGUCGAUGAUCAGUUUCGAAAAGUGUAGUAAAUAUUCGUUUAGUGAUGGUGACAAACUUAAAAAAGGUAGUUCAGAACCAGACAUGUUGAGUGACUCCUGUUUAAAUUCGAGUGAACAGACCAGCGACGCGAAAAGUUUGGAUAGCAAGAAGAGAUGGAAAAUGCUCAAACCACAUUUUCGGAGAGGAACAUUUGACUGUAUACUUCGAUGGCGUGGGAAAAAACCGCAGCAAAAUACGACCAAAAUUCAAGAUGUCGACGACAGUUUCUUCGAGAAGUUCGGGUCAAUACUGAAACAAGUGUCACAAAGGGCUGCAUUGGAGGAAUCAACUCCAUUGGCUCCUUUGAAAGAAGUGGAGGAACAAGAAGAGCAACAGAGUGAUGUCACGGAUCUGCAAGGGGAGACGAGCCCCGGUAGAGACUCAGAUAGUGGUAAUGAGACACUCUUGGACACAGACUCAGAGCCUGAAGACCCGGAGAAGAUAGAUUUUUACGUUGAAGCUGUUGGUUGGAAUGUCGAUGAAUUAUAUUUGGAAGUUCUGUACGAGAUCUUACAUAAUGUGGGCGGCUGCGAUAUGGGCUGCGAAGUGGGACAGCAGACAAUGCUGUCUUACGUCCAAGAGGCCUUCAAAAUCGCAAACGACAAACACACAGAAUUACUGACCAAGGCAGAAGCUAAAGAACCACCGGAGUUAAUGCUGAAUGUAGAAGUUGUGGAGGCAAAGGAUCUGGUGCCCAAAGAUCCGAAUGGACUCAGCGAUCCAUUUGUGACGAUAUAUUUAAUGUCAAAUUCCUCACAUAGGUAUAAUACUUCAGUGAAAUCGGGCACACUUAAUCCUUCAUGGGAAGAACAUUUUUCAUUACCGAUGCCGUCAAAUCUGCAUGAAGACUCAUUGAUUUUAGAAGUAUGGGACUUCGAUCCAGCAGAGACGGUAAAAGAAAAAAUGACAAAGAUAUUUGAAGUGAAAGGUGUAAAAGGUCUGCGAAAGCUGAUGAAAGAGAUCGCCAUUACCGCCUCCACGGGGAAACACGACAACGAACUCAUUGGGAUGUCUAACAUUCCACUCAAGUCAAUCCCAGCAGGCGGUAUGACGAUGUGGUUUAACUUGAGUAAGAAAAGCAAGCUGCGUCGGCAAGGCGUGGUGAAGCUACGGCUCAUCUUCUCCGCGGAGAAGAACUCGCAGGUCGCUGCGCAGGAGCACCGACACCUGCUCAGGAUACUCUUGCUGCACGAGCUUGAGACAUCUAAGGUGGCACCGUAUUGGUGGUGCGGGAACUUCAGUGCGCCCGCCGAAGCUAUUCUCACGCAGCACGCUGCGCAAAGCGGACUCAGUCAGACCGACAACUGGCUGGCGCAGUGGACGGUCUACUGCGCCGUCACCACCAACCAUCCUCUUAGCUUCGCACUCUUCAACCAACUGCUGGAAAAAGUCACUAAACCUUUGCAGGCUGGACUAGUCAACGAAGAGGACGUUAAGCUAUUCUGGGACGGUGCGAAGAAGUUGCUCCCAACUUGUUACAGCCACAUUAGGAAAUUGAGAAAAAAGACUGCCGGUGAUAAGACUGUGAUGAAGACCCUCAGAGAAGUUCUAAAGGUCCUCUAUCGUCUUUCAGUCCUAGAUGUCCCGGAAUCAUUGGACUUGUUCCCUGUUAAUUUGUACGGCUGGUUGAGGGAUACUGACGAUGGUACCAAGUUAUCAAUACACGAAGUCUUACACCAAGCGGCGGUACAAGGGGCGUCCGACUGGUUCGUCCAUAUUCUAGACAAUAAUGAAUGCAAGGACCGGACUGAGGACUCGAGGUUGCAGCAUCUGAUUAGAGUCAUACAGUUGGUGAGAUCAGAUCUGCAGCGCGCCGUCGAAUAUUUUGAUAGAGUCUUUAUAGAAGUGAUGAGUUUUCCUUAUUCGAAAAUAUUAUACGGUGUAUACGAGAACAAGAUAGCUUCGUUAGUUGAGCCUGAAGUGAUUCAAGUGUGUAAAAGCCUUAAGCGGCUUCAGUACAAUGAGGGGUCAACAAAUAGUGUGCACCUAGCUGGCGGACUGAACGGGGACUCCCCGCUCGGAGCCCCGCGAGUCAGCAACGAGCCAUUGACAAUGGGAACUACGCUAUUCGAACUUUAUCUAACGCUACAGAGGUUCUUGGCUCUUGGGCAAGGUUUAAAUGAAACCGAUUGGAAUUCAUACGCAAUAUCAAAGUUCCACUCUUGGUUCUACGGCGGAGUGGCACAAUGGUUGGAUAUAGCUGCAUUUAAAGCUCUCUCGCGUAUAGAAAAAGCAGUGGAAAUAGAUAAUCUAGUGCCAGUUGAUACAAACGUGAAGUACAGCAGUUCUGGUGUGGACACGCUGGCUAUAUUCUAUCAAAUAAAGAUCUUUUGGCAGCAACUCGCUUGGCCUGAUGUUGAAGGAUGUUAUACAUUUGUUGCUAAAAUCAUCGAUGACAUCUGCCGUUGCUGCGUGUUCUACUCUGACAAGAUGUGCAGCAGAGUUGACAACGAGGGUCGUGUGAGCACGGUGCUGGAGGAGCGCUUCGAGGUGACGACACAGUGGUGCCUCGCCAUCAACAACAUCGACUACGUGCGGCAGAGCCUGCGCCCCUUCGUGCAGGAGCUCGGCAUGGAUGAGAUCAUUAACAGCAUGUGUGAAGCUAGAUCGCCAUUAGAAGCACAGAGAUGCAAGGAGACACUACAAAAUGUUAUAGAAAAUGCAAUAGACACAGUUAAGAAUAAAAUCGUUGAAUUGUUAGAGGUUAUGGUGAAAAAGAUGAUGCCAUCAAUCACACGUUUCCUGAUAGAAGGAGCGGAACUGCUGCAUCAGAACUGCUCCAGCAUGGACCGAGUCCUGAGAUAUCUGGAGGCCAACCUUGACACACUUUACCAACACUUGAAUAAUGAGAACUUUUCUAGAACAUUAGACAUAGUAUGGGAACAAUUAGGAGAAGUUUUAUAUGAACUAGUACAGGCCAAUUUAGAGCACCGAAGGGCAAAGAUAACUCGCUAUAUCGACCCGAGACGUUUGACCAAGUCAACAGCCGCCCAUUUGGACGCGAAACGUCGGCCGCCAUCUUUCUUUUCGAACUUACACGAAUGUCUGAAGAUAAUGGUCCGAUCGUUCCGACAAGAUAAUAAGGAAGUGUACACAUCGGAGACAUUGAAGCGAGUAGAAUAUUUACUGAAGAUCCACGGCAUGGAGACACGAGAACUCAUCCAUCAGUAUCACUUGGAGAGGUGGCAGGAACAACAGGCUAUAACUGAACCUAAAAUGGGCAUACUAACAGUGCGCGCGCAGUUUAUAGAAGAUAAUUUGAAAAUAGAAAUUAUGAAUGCCCGGAAUCUUAUGCCUACUGAUUCUAAUGGUCUAUGUGAUUCUUACGUGCGUGUGACGUUGCUGCCUGAAGACACUUUCGCUAACGUGACGAAGCCCAAAACACAGACACAUAGCAAAAAUCUGUUCCCUCUUUACGAUGAAAUGUUUCUCAUUCCGUUGUCACCAGAGCAACGUCGUACUACCGACGGUAUGCUGCACCUGGUGGUGAAGGACAAGGACAUGUUCAGCAUGAGCAACACCUUUGUGGGCGAAGCUUACCUACACUUUGGAGAAGUGCCCGACACUCCUGCGCCCAUCAGCUCACUUCCGCAGCAGCAUCUGCCUCUCACAAGGCCGGAUAAUAUCGAUGGUGAUGCAAUCAAAGCUUUAGAAUCUAGACAAGGUGAUAAACAAGCCAGAGAGUUCCUAAAGAAGCAGAGACAAAAAAUGCCGAGCAAACAGUUCUUUUCACUCGGUUAAAAUUAUUGCCUACUAGUUGGUUGGAUUACGCACACGUUUCCUUAUAAGGUGCUAAAUAUAUCAGCUAAAUGUUUACAUGAUAAACAAAGAUAUGUAUACAUACUAAAUAUAUCUCAAAUUCACAAAAAAGAAAACAAUAAAUUACGUA